AUGACAGUUCUCAAAAGGUACGUCUUGAGGCUCUUCAUGUCCAUCAAGUACAUAACAGCAAACGUAGUUGACAGAAACAACGGGAGAGUAGUCACAACAGCUUCAACCGUAGAGCAUGCAAUCAAGAACUCGCUAGAGUGUGGUCGUACUUGCAAUGCCAAAGCUGCUGCUAUUGUGGGAGAGGUGUUGGCGAUGAGGUUGAAAGUGGAAGGGCUCCAAGAUGGGCAAGGAAGAGGUAUCCAUGCCGAUGUCAAGAAAGAAAUUGAGAAGAAAGGGUUCAAAAGUCGAACCAAGGUAUGGGCUGUUAUUAACUCACUAAAGAACAAUGGUGUUACACUCAUUCUUGAUGAUUAUGAUGCUGAUGAUGACAAAGAUUAUCAUGAUCGUUCUUAUGAGGGUCAUCGUUAA